AUAAUUUCUGUUGUAAGACCUUGUUUGAGUUGCUUAUAGCUUUGCCGAUCUAACCAUUCAGGCUGAAAUUUUUCAUGAUGACUGUCUACCCCAAGCUGAUUUUUUUUAAAGUUUCAGCUUAAAUGGUUUAGCCAUUUCAAGGAUUGAGGCUAGGGGGGAAUACAUUGCUUUGCCAAUGUUUAAAAAAAAAAAUCGUACCUGUUUUCAUUGAGUAGCUCUAGUACUACCAUACUUUCAACGAAGGAGUUGAAAUUUGGGGUGCGGGUCGCCCCGGAACAGGGGAUGCGUCUUUUAUCAUCCAUGUAAAAAUUCACCCGAAUUUGGCCAGGUUAUGAGCCUCUGAAAAUCUCAGUUCACACGUGCUCAGUGGAGAUAGAGAUAUGUUGGAGUUUGGCAGCUUAAAUUCUCCAAAAUCUCCAAAGAGGGGCCCUAUGGAAAAAAUAGUAUGUGACCAUGUAAUUGAAGACUGUAUCACAGUGUUCUACACCCGCUCAGCUGCACUGCCCUCUGGGAUAGCAAUCCUAGAGUUCCAUGUACACAGCUCAGUAGCAAUGCCUUCUGAGUGAUUUUGAAGGACCUUGUGGGAAUCCAGAUGGCCACCCGAGGGAACUGUGGGAGGAGAGGCCAAACUCCCACCAUCCUCUGUGGAAACUCCAGAGUGACUCCCACAAGUCCCUUGGCUCCAGCAUCAUUUCCAAAGAGGGAAACUCAAGCAGGGGACUUCCAACUCUGCUGCCCACGAGAGGCUUGGUAAUGAAAAAGGGAGUAUGCAAUCCAUGGCUUAAUGGGGAUUCUUGAAGGGUAAGUGCUAACUAUAGGCUCAGUGGGGAGCAAAUCCAUGCUCAUUGGGAUGCUCUGAGGGUACAACCCAACUCCAGAAAGCAGUGGGGUGGGACGGGACUGCUCAGUGUGAGGACAUGGGGCAGAAAUAGACCUAUGGAGGGACAAUUGUGAACAGCGAAUGCGUCUGAGCAUUUCCCAACCUCCUUGCAAAUGUUUCACAGACAGGAAAAGAGACCAAUUGCUGAUGAAUAAUUAAUUUCUCACAAACUAUCCCUCCUACAUGUGAUGGCUGGAGCCCAUGUCUGGUGAAUCGGGUGUAAUGCUCGUAGGAGCACGCUCCCUGUAUCAGACAGAUGCAACGGAUGUGCCGGGCUGUGUACUUAGCCUUGCACAAUAAAGAUUCUCCACUUGCCAUUCAAACGGGGGUUGCAUGUGGAAUGAGCGCGCUCUGUUCUGGAGCAAGGCUGUGCAGUAGAAAAGAGAAUCCUGCCACGGCUGAGUCAAGGGGGAAGGUUUAACCCAGCGGGAUGUGUGCAUGAGGUAGACAUUGCUGCUCCUUGGAUAGGUAGCAGAUUCAGGGCUUGGCCAUGGGGUAGUUUUCCAGUGGAAAAGAAAUUAGCCGCACGACUGAGCGGGAGAAUUAGAGGCAGCAAAGCUUAUGUGGCUCAGAAGCCCAAGCACGGUCCCGGAGAAGCCCCAUUGGACGCUAUUUCUAAACGUUCACGGACCAGCAACUAUUAAGAAACAAAAAGACCAAGCUGGAUGGCACUGCUCAGCACUUCGGGUGAUCAAAGGACGUUGCAAGCUUUCAUCGAGCCAGGGCGGGACAGGUGAGUGUCAGCUCUCUGGGGCAGGGGCUGCGUUUUUGUUCUGGUUGUACAGUGCCUAGCAUAGUGGGGUCCUACUCCAUGACUGGGGAUCCUAGGUGCUAAUAACAAUACAAAGCAAGGGAGACUCAGGCCUUGUGAAUUCUCUUCUUUCAUCCUCAUUUACAGUGGUGUAGGUCAGAUUUGAAUCAGGUCCUUGAUAGGCAGGAAUGGGCCAUUCAUAGAGAUCUCUGGGCAGUAGGAACAACAGGGAGGGGUAAUACAAAACUCUGCUCUCCCAGGUAAUAGCGAUGGCAGAAUCCACGGGGGUACUUUAUGCAGAAGAAGCUCCGGGUAAGGGACUAGAGGCCUGUGCUGGUUUCAGAGAGGGAACCUAGCGGUGAUGAACGCCACAUUAACAGCUGGGCCUUUUACGGUUACUGCCGCUGCUGUGGAGUUAAUGAUUUGCGGGAUGACGAGGUAGGGAUUAAAGACCUUUCCAAGGGUCACUGGUUGGGAGCUCGUGGAAGCUGUGGGUCCACCCCCCCACCACACCCCGCUCCACACACACCUUGUUUCGCUCCAGGCUUAUGCCAGGGAAGAUGGUGUCUCUCACGGAGUUUCAGAAGAUCGGUGUCGGUCUUGUGGGCUUUGGCCUAUUUUUCAUCUUUUUUGGGGUACUCUUGUACUUUGACUCAGUGCUGCUGGCCUUUGGAAACCUCCUGUUCCUUUUUGGCUUGGCCAUUAUCAUCGGACUGAGAAGGACUUUCAACUUCUUCUUCCAGAAGGAAAAGCUAAAGGGCACCAGCUUCUUCCUGGGAGGCAUUCUCAUUGUGCUCCUGAGACGGCCUCUUCUGGGCAUGUUGCUGGAGACCUAUGGCUUCAUCACCCUCUUCAGGGAUUUUUUCCCAGUAGUCUUUGGAUUUCUGGGAGCUUUGGGAAAUAUUCCACUGCUGAGCAAGGUAAGCAAGGCUUUGGGGUUGGAUUUCAUGCAGAGUCAGGGGGCUUUGGUUUUGCAAGGUACUGGCGGAAGAUCCCAGUAAGGAUACUGGACCAAAUUCUGAGCUGGUGUAAAUCAACAGAUCUUUAUUGACAUUUCCAAAGCUUCACAGAUUUACACCCGCUGAGAAUUUGGCCCAUUCUCCUCUCACACUGGCUUCACAUCUCACGUAACUUAAUUGAUUUCAAAUGAGUCACUCCCAAUUUACACAGGUGAAAGGGAGAGGAAAAUCUGGUCGAAAGAGGCAGUUAAAUGUCUGCCCUCAGUUACGCUUGAAUUGUUUGAAUGUCUGCGUCUCACAGCCAUAAUUUAACACAGACCUGACCAAGUGCAAGUUUUUAAGAGUUGGGAUUUAAAACAAGUCUUCAGAUUUGAUGUUCCUUCUCAUCCCAUGUUAAUUCUUCCAGAAUGUCUCUUUUGCUCCUGCUAUUCUGCCGUUAGCUGAUCUUCCGUCUUCUGUAAUGAUGCUUCCUAAGUACACCUCUACCCCGAUAUAACGUUGUCCUUGGGAGCCAAAAAAUCUUACCGCGUUAUAGGUGAAACCGCGUUAUGUCGAACUUGCUUUGAUCCGCCGAAGCGCGCAGCCCUGCCCCCACCCCGGAGCGCUGCUUUACUGCGUUCUAUCCGAAUGCGUGUUAUAUCGGGUCGCGUUAUAUCGGGGUAGAGGUGUAGCAGUGAUUUCUCACGUCGUACAGCUGUGUCACUCGCUGGAAUCUUGUGUGUUUUCCCAGGAUCCUUGCAUACCACCAUAGUUUUUGUCUUGUCCACAUUCAACGCUAGACUCUCACUGAUAUUAGAAUUGGUCAAAAAAUUGUGAAAAAUAUUGGCACAAUUUUUGUUGAAAUUUCACUAGUGUGAACAUUUUUGAUCAGCACUAAUUCAUAGGCACCAAUAUGUAUCUGUUCACUAGAGGUCUGGACUGUAUCUUCUGUAUAGAAAAAAGUCUUAAACUGUGAAUACAGAGUUGCUGAGGAGACGGAUUGUACUCAAUAGCAAAUAGCAUCAGGACUUCAACUGGUCAUCCCUUGUUACAAUGCCAACCACUGUCCUGAGGCAAGUCUGGGAGAGUCCGACACUCUCCUGGACAAACAUUAUUGAAUUAAAUUUUAAACCUUUGUGGUCCAUUUAUUCAAAAUGCAGUUGUGUCUGGAUUAUUGUGGGAUUGUACAUAACUUUUCUAGAAACCUGACCAAUUAAAUCUCUGAAAGUAUUAGGAACUUCAAAGGGCUUUGGGGACCAUCUCUGUGAUGUGACUAUCCUGGAAAGUACUUGAGAGGAGGGAAAUGCAAAUUCUCCCCUGUGAAACCAGCCUUUUGAAGCUAUGCCCUGGGGAGCGAGACCCCCUGUCUACUGGUUACUUGCUCCUGGAAAUUCCCAUCAAAGAUCCUUGAACUGUAGAACAGAUGGACUAAACUUUACCUGAAUGGGCUAGUUCUGAGCUGAGGCUGUUAUGCACUUGUGACAAUAGAGGGUUUUUGAAGGACCAUAGAGGUGACCUUUUAUGGGGUUUUGAAGGACAAAUUAGCUACCACAGCCCAUGGCGGAGUUGGGGUGAUCGCUGGGAAGCUUUUUAGCAUGUAUGUAGGUUCCUUUAUUGUUUUUAAUACAUUUUCUCUGUAAUGGUUUCAUCUUAAGGAUAAAUCCACUUGCAUCACAAGAGCUGUGUGGUAGCUUACCUGUGGGCAGAUGCACUGCUCUAAUGUCUGAAGAAGAAACAAGGUCUGCUUAAGCAGUCUGUCCUUUGCUGGGAAUAGCACAGUGAAGGCAGGGAACUGUUCAGCCUGGGAAUACCUCAGUCAGAAGGGAGAGAGACGUGGGGCUCCACCCAAGAAAGGCAACAAGUUGGAAGCCAGAAGCCUGCCCGUGGGUGCCCUUGCUGAACCUCUAAGGGAAAUACAGGCGCAGUUGUGCUGAACUGCAAGUGUCACCAUUAUGUUCAGCUGGAGUUUACUACCGCUGCUAAUGAACUGUCAUUGUUGCAGCUAUUCCAGAAACUAGGAGACACCAGCUCCUUGGUAUGACCUGGAAGAGUUUCCAACAGCUAGUGGAGAUAACGUCACCUGCUUUAGACACCCGGAUCCGUGGGCAGCCGGCUCUCAUUGCACAGACACUAAUCUGCGGUCUCUCCAAGCCAAGAGUCACCUGGACUGGACACGCUCUUUUAUUGUGUGAAGGAAGCCGCUUGGAGCCAACAGAUCCUGCUACCAAUUAACCCAAAAAUCCAAGCCUUGCUAUCAGAUUGCUCCCAAUCGGGUAGAUCUGGCUGAGAUUCUCACCUUCCCAUGAGCUACACUGGAAUGAAUGAGUUUCCCAAGCCAGAUGGUUGUGCAAGUUGUUGAUUUACUCUUUUGUCAUGUCCUCAUGAGAGUGAAAUUGUAUGUGGAUUAAAAAGCAUGUCUGAGAUAA